CCCCUCCCGUAUCGUUGCCUUCUUUCUCGCCGGCCGUUCCCUUUCCUCGAACUAGCCGUUGCGGCCGUCUCCCCCUGAAAUCCAUCCCAUUUCUCAACGGCUAAUUCCUCCCCUUCCCCGGCUCAUCCGCUCCGAUCCCCCAGGCAUGGCCGCCGCCACCCCGCCGGCCCUGCCCCCGCCCCCCGUCCCGAAGACCGCUCGCCGGCCGCGGCCCCGCGUGCGAGAGGUCAGCUCCCGGUACCUCUCCACCCCGGUCCCCGCCACCCCAUGCCUCUCCACCGCCUCCUCCUCCUCCUCCUCCUCGUCCAUGCGGUCGCGCUCCCCGACCCCGUCCCCGCGCGCCCGGACCCAGCGCGCUGGCACGCCCUUCGCAAACGAGAACCAUCCCCCGCCGCCGCCUCCCACAGGCACGGUCGCGCGCAGGCGGGCUGUGCAGAAGCUGUUCGACGAAAUGGGUACCAACAACCCGCGCUCGUCCGUGAGCUCCGUCGCCGCGGCCACUCCACGGCCGCUACCGUGCUCGUCCAGCGGGCCGGCUGUUUCCACCGCGCGGAGGGCGUACUCGCGCCUUCCGACCCCCGCGCGCGCCGGCUCGCGCCAUUCCGCUGCCGCAUCCGCCGCCGCGGAAUCCGACGCCGCGUCGUGCUGCUCGUCGUCAGACACGGCAUCCACGGUGACCGACUUCUCCGAGGCAGAGGGUGGGCUCGGGGUGGCAACCGCCGCGCCGUGCGAGAGCCCGCCACUGCUCGGCCCAGCAUCCUGCCGCGGCGGUCGCCUGUCCUCGGAGCUCCGGGCGUCGGUGCCGGAGUCUGGCGGAUCCGCACGGGCGUCCAAUCCGCUCUGCUACCGCUCGCUCAACUCAGCCCUGUCGAUCUCAACCGCAACAGCAGGGAAAGCGGCAGCGCCGAGGCCACCGCAGCCGCAGGGGGCGAAGGCGGCUGUGGAGUUGAAGAAGGCGGCGGUCGUGGGGGGCAGGAAGGUCGCGGGGAAGCAGGAGGACGUGUACCAGCUGCGGCUGAUGGACAACCGGUACCUCCAGUACACGUUCCUCAACACCCGGGCGGAGGCAGCGGCCAGGGCAAAGAACGCGUCGGCGGAGAAAUCCGUGUACGGGCUUGAAGAGAGGAUCACGGAACUCCGGGAAUCUGUCGCUGAGAAGAGGGCGGAGGUGGACAGGAUGAAGAGGGAGCAGAGAUUGAGUUUCGUAGUGAGUGCUCAGGUGACGUAUUUGGAUUACUGGAGUGAUAUCGAGAGGGAUCAUUCAAGUUGUCUUAGACGGGCAACAACAGCGCUGCAUGAUGCCUCACUACGGCUACCAAUCAUUGGGAAUGUUAGGGCUGACCACGGUGAAAUCACAGGAGUUCUUAACUCAGCAGUGCAACUGCUUGAACCAUUGUUGCCUUGUGUCGAGAAUUUCCUGCCGAAGGUGGAAAAGAUUGAUGACGUGGCCUCCAGUCUCGCCCAAGUUAUCUCCAACGAAAGAACAUUAAUAGAAGAGUGUGGUAACCUUCUAUGCCAAGCACAAAACCUUCAGAUGAGAGAGUCCAGUUUAAGGAGUCAACUGAUGCAGCUGAAAAAAGGAAGCAACACAAAAUAGAAGGAAGAGAUAAAAAAAAAAAAAAAAACGUGGUCAAGUCAUUCAUUCGAGUGAUGGAGCUAACUGUGCUCCACCGUUGGACAUCCAAGUGAAAAGAGGUGGUCUCAUACAUAAUAAAAGGGAGAAGUAUUUUUGUUGAUUCUUCCCGUUGGACAUCCAAGUGAAAAGAGGUGUGCUCCACCGUUGUGCUCCACCGUUCUGCAAAUCAAGAAUUGCUGAUUCUUUCCGUACAUAUGUUGUUUUCUGUAAUUUCUCUGUUGUCGAGGAAGCAUUUUUGUUGUCUAGCUAUGAUAAGAACGGAUAUAAGCAUCGUUUUACAAAUCAAAAUAUGUUGAUUAUUUA